CACUUGAUCGAUUCUUCUUUAUCAAUGGCGACAGUACGAGUUCCGCAAAGAUUCUAAGCGAGGAGGGGGGGGGGGGAUCCGGAAUAAGAAAAGGGAUAUUAUAUCACUGUCUCGAUAUUUGUUACUCCGCCUGGCGUCUUUGCCUUAUAUUAUCAAUUACUCCGAAGAAUUUUGAGUUCUAAAGUAAAGUUAUUUUUAAAGUUUGUUAAUAUUUGAUUUGUUUAAUUACUAAAAUUUAUUCUGUUUUCGAGCAAAUUUCUUAAUUUUUUGUAUUGACCGUGUGACCUAAUAAUCUUAUCUAGGAGCGCCAACCGUUCUUUCCUUUUAAUGCAGGGUUGUCCGUUAAAAAUAAUCAUAAUAAUAAAAGUAUUAAUGUUAGGAUCGGUCUAUAUUUUUUCCUUUCAGACAUCUUCUUCUUUUUAAUUCCUCAUAGUUGUCUCAAAUAGCUAUGUUAUUUUUAUUUCGGAAAUCUACAACUGAAAACUGAAAACUGAAAAAUCUGCGAAAUCAAAUACGAAAAUAAAGUGAUGGCAUGAAAAACAACAACUGAAAGCGUCUUAACUGUAUUUUUGCUCUUUUAAGAAGAAAUGGAUUUUCACGAAGAAAAUCUAAAUACUAGUGAUUCCUCGAUAUUCAAUUCCAUUCUCAUGUCUCAGAUAUUUACAAAGAUAUCUGAUGACAAGGAUGAAACAUUUUUGAAAACAGACCAAUCUGAUCCUGACUCCAGAGAUUCAGUUUGCGUACAGUCAUAUAUGUUUCAAAAUGGACAGGCUUAUAAUAUUAUGAUGCAGGAGCAAUGUGCUGAUCUAAACAUCAUCGUCGAACAAAGUAUAAUAAGGGUUGACCAGCUAGUUUUAGCAGCACAUUCAAGCCUGCUAGAACAUAUGUUAAAAGACCUGCAGGUAGACAUAUGGCCUGAGAUUGGCAGAUCCAGAGACCACAAUUUAGGAAAAGAAGAACCAAAGAUCUCUCUUAUUCUACCCCUUGUCUCAUUAUCGAUAAUGACUAGGAUUGUGCACUUCCUCUACUCUGGGGAGUUGAUGUACAAUAAGUCAGAGCUGAAGGAAAUGAGGGAAAUUGCAGAUAUUCUUAAAUUACGAUUUCUAAUACAGCAGCUUCAAGAGCUGGAAGAUCUGAAUUUACAGUCUCUAAAAGCAACCCCUGAAAACAGUGAAGAGAUCACUGAACAAAACCUUCCUGGACUUAGCUUGGAAGUCAGCUGUGAGAUAGGGAUAGACACAGAAAUCCACGAGGUGCUGGUUGGCAACGGCGGGAACCACUCCGAGAUCCUGAUUGGAGAAGAGGAUACCGCGGAUUUGUUCCUGUGUGGGGAGAAAGUGUUGUUUGUAGAGGGAGAUUUAGAAACCCCUGUCCAGUCCCCUGCAACAGAACAUGAAGGACAAGAAAAGCCAUGUAUUCUAUCGGACAUCAGCACUCUGACAAAUAUUAACCAAGAACAUCAAUGUGAUGAGUGUAGUCAAAGGUUUUUUACAACCAUUGAUUUAGAAAAUCACAAGAAGAUUGAACAUUCUGCCGUUCCUAUUGAUGUUGGAGAAUUUAAAUGCGAUGUGUGUAACAAUUUUUUUAACACAAUGGGAAACUUAGAAGAGCAUAGAAGAACUGUUCAUGGGAACAAAGAGUUUUCAUGUAACCUUUGUGAUAAGCAUUACACCCGUUCUCAUCAGUUGAAAAUACACAAAAGAACUCAUACUGGAGAAAGACCUUACCCUUGUAGUGACUGUAACAAAAGAUUUAUAGAUAAUACGAGUCUCAAACAGCACAUGAAAAUUCAUUCAGAUGAGCUUGGAUACAAAUGUUCAUUGUGUGGGAAAAAGUUUAAACUUCGAGCUGUUUUGAGACAACACGAACAAACCCACAAUGCUGAAAGGCCCCACAAAUGUGAUAUCUGUGGAAAAGGAUUUACUUGCAAACGAAACAUGCUGAGGCACACAGAGAUACACACGCAGGUAAAUCUGAGCAUUCAGAAGCAAAGCCAGCUCUAUAGCUGCAACCUUUGCUUAAAACCCUUUAAGCUAGAGAAUCAGCUGAUUGAACACAAUGCCGCUGAACAUCCGAACAAUACUUUAGUAUCAACUUCACUUGUAUUCAGAUGCUGUAUGAAGAACUGCAGCAAGGUUUUCCCUUCCCAGGAACUUCUUUCAUCACACAGAAAAAUAGUUCAUGAGUUUAAAGAUAAAACUGAAACUGAAGUUGAAAAUGCUGAACCUUUCAUCUGUAGCUGUGGUGUCUCUUUCUCCAGUUCGAGAACAUUAAAAAAGCAUCAGAAAACCUCCCAUACAUCCGGAGGUCCAUUUAAGUGCAGCCUCUGCAGUAAAGGGUUUAAGAACGACUGCAGCCUCAUGAAACAUAUUUUGGAUCAUACUGACGUCAAAAUGCGCCAUAUUUGUGACUACUGCUCAAAAGUUUGUGAGAGACCCUCAGAUUUAGCCAAACAUUUAAGAAUCCAUACUGGAGAGAAGCCCUACCACUGUGAAGUCUGUGAUAAAAGAUUUGCGGAUAUGUCUUUUUUUAAACGACACCAAAGGAAGCAUGAAGAGACAACAGUUUUCUACUCGUGUGAUGUUUGCUCAAAAUCAUUUCAAGUUUUGAGCAAUUUGGAGAAACAUAAACAAACUCAUGAUGGAAUUUCACUUUCUUGUUCAGUUUGCAGUAAAGAAUUCUAUGAUGAGGUUUAUCUUGAAGCCCAUCUCAAUCUUCAUAAUGGUGAGAAGACUUUUUCCUGUUCAUUCUGUGGCAAAGGCUUCAGGCACGCAGGUGAUUGGAAGAAGCAUGUAAGAAUUCAUACUGCUGAAACCCCCUACUCCUGCAGUAUAUGUGGUAUACAGUUCUCUGAUCCUAGCUCUAAAUCUAGGCAUGAGAAGCGACACUACAAAUUUGAGGAAGUGUUGGGUCAACCAAUGGAGAAGAAGAUGAACCUUUAGAAAUAAGUUAACGAUUCUCAAAAAGUUUAUUGUGUGUAACCAGAAAAAAAAUCCAAUGUUUAUAUGCUAUGUCAUACCUGACUAAAAGCUGUUCUUGUUACUCAAAUUUAAAACCUAAGGUGCCAUGUAGGUAAAACAUGAAAAAGGAUAAUAUGAAUCGUUAAUCAUAUAUAAACUAUAAAUUUGCUUAGAAAUAUUAAUCAUACUUAUACUGA